UGUCCCUGAUGUUUGCACGUGAACAUACAAACAACCCUCUUCAAAUUCAAUUAAAUCUGCACAGUGUUUAUGUCUUGUAUUUUCUCUAAUAUCCUGCGUUUGUUGGCGCCUGUUAUCUACAAUCUAGUCCAUAAGCGACAUAAGCAUUUGGCCAUCAGCAUCUCCUCUGAAAUACUGCUUCCUGUCAAGAUGAGGCCUGGCACGUCAACAAUGCCUGGCAGGAAAAAAAAUAGUGGCUGUUACUGUUAAAGCUUUACUUUUCAUUUCAAAAUGGUGUGUUUGUGUGUGUGUGUCCUGUGAGACAGAGGGCAGCUUACCCACGUCAUCAUGUUGGACUGAGACUCAGUGCAUCAAAGAGCCUCCCCGAGAGAACGUCACAAGAACAACAUCAGCCAUUGUCCUGCCGGCCGGCUGUGCACCGGAAAACACUGUUCAUGAUCCCAUAAAAAUGUUUUUGGCACAUGGAGGAGGGCAUGCUUCACACACUGAGAUUGAUGGCUUCAUGAAGAGAUAAGAAACAGAAGGUGUUGUCUGUGGAAUGUCACUCUUCACAACAAUUCGCUCCAUCUCUCGUGCAUAUUCGAAAGAACUGUAAUUAAGCAAUUCUAAAGAUCCAAGACACUUCCUUUGCGCUUUUAAAAGCUGUAAACAUCUCACUAUCGCGCAUACUGUACAUACAUAUACAUGCAUAGAGGCCACGUGGAAGGUCCCAGUAAGGAAAGCCAGCCUGUGCAGCAGACUUAUGAUGGGAGGGGUCUGAAGUUCAGCUAACUUCCCAUCAUGGGAAGUGUGUGACCAAAGCAGUUUAUAAAUUCCUACCCAUGUUUACACCUCACCCACAAUCUGAUCGAUUCUCGUGUUUUCACCGUCACACAAAGGAAACGUCUGGCCCACUUUUCUAGUGCUUCUAGAUCUUUGUCAGACAACGGGGCACCAACUGACAUGGACUGAUAGUCUCCUGAGUGCUUGAUAUAAGUCAAGAUUGUCAUCGGCUGUUCCAGGAGGACUUGUGUGUCUUUCUUCUCUGACUUUUCUUUUGACCCAUCAGCACUCAUGUACAGCAGCGGUUACUCCCAGGUGUCCAAGUACAGCCCGCAGGCCCAAAAGAAGAUGCAGUACCAGUCAAAGGGCAAGAGCUGCAGCUACUACUUGAGGAUCAUCUUCUUCUUCUCCUCGCUUAUUCAGUCUCUUAUCAUAGUCAGCCUGGUGCUCUUUUUGGUCUACGGUAAGACUCAGGACUCGGCAUCAGCAGUGCGCAUACAGGACCUGGAGGAGAGCUUCAGCCGACUCUCCAUCGAGAACGUCGCACUCAGGCAGCAGAGGCGGAACCUGACCAAUCUACUCAACAUCACCCUGGUUGAGAAGACCCGCAAUGAAUGGGACAUGCUUAAGAUUCGAUACAUCGCUAACAUCUCUUCCAUUCUUAUUCAAGACUUGGACAAGAGACUGCAACAGACAAAUCUAGAACUGAUGAUUUGUCGGAACCAGCCACGCUUUCCCCAGACAUGCUCACAACCAUCAGUACGGAGUGUAGGCUGUAACUGUGGGCUGCAGAUGGAGCAUCUGACCGCCAGACUCGAACUCGUGGAGUCCAACUUCACACAAACAACACAGAGGAUGAGGGUGGACAUGGACCAGAUUGCAAAAGAACGGGACAACCUUGAGCUGGAGGCCAUUCGUCUAAGAAGGGACAAAUCCGUUCAUCAAAAUGAGAUAGAGUUUUCCAAACAAAGAUGCAAAGAAGACUUUGUCCAGUCCUUGAGUGGCAUCUCCAAUGUCUCAAGAGCCUUCCUACUGAAAAUCGAAUCUCUCUUUCCCACCUACAUUGCAUUGCAGCUCACCUGUCUGAAACAGCGAGAGCACCUGGAGCAGAUUCGCUCCAACUGCACAAGUCUGUCCAGAGAGGUGGUGGACCGGUUCCAGAACUACUUGAACACCGUUGGAGACCAGGUGUCUGAGAUCCAGACUGAGAACAGCCACUUGAAGGCAGAGAACCUGCGACUGUUUGAUGACUACCGCUCAUGCAGCCAGAACCGCACGGGUCUGAUCCAACAGCACAGACAAAACCUUGAGAAGCUUCAGCUGAAACACGACAAAGACUAUGAAAGGCUUCUCUUGGAGAAAAGGAGGCUCAACGGAGACAUUGAAGUCCUGGAAAACAAUGUCAAUUAUAAAAAUAAAGAAUUUCAACACGUCAAAGAACAACUUAGGCAGCUCAACAUGUCCUGCAUGGCUAAGACCGGAUUGGGAGGAUUUCCAGGAGGGUCUUCUAACUUUGGCCAAUUUGGUAGGGUAGGGUCAGAUGGGUUCGGUUCAAGCUUUAACUCACCAGGGUUAGGAUUAAGCAAACCAGGCAUAGGCUCCUCAACAGGGUCAGGUUUUAACAGAUUAGGAUCAACUGGCUUGGGCUCUCCAAGCCUUGGUUCAACUGGGUCAGGAUUAAAUAGACUUGGAUCAUCUGGAUUGGGCUCUCCCAGCCUUGGUUCAACUGGAUCAGGAUUAAACAGACAAGGAUCACCUAGCUUGGGCUCCUCCAGUUCCGGCUCAACCGGGUCAGGGUUAAAUAAACAAGGAUCAACUGGGUUAGGCUCUUCUGGUCUUGGUUUAAAUGGGUCAGGAUUAAACAAACUAGGAUCAACUGGUUUGGGCUCUUCCACUGUUGGUUCAACUGGGUUAGGAUUAAAUAAACAAGCAUCAACUGGAUUGGGUUCUUUCAGUCUAGGUUCUACUGGGUCAGGAUUAAACAAACAAGGAUCAACUGGUUUGGGCUCUUCCGCUCUUGGUUCAACUGGGUCAGGAUUAAAUAAACAAGGAUCAACUGGAUUGGGUUCUUCCAGUGUAGGUUCAACUGGGUCAGGAUUAAACAAACAAGGAUCAACUGGUUUGGGUUCAUCCAGUGUAGGUUCUACUGGGUCAGGAUUAAACAAACAAGGAUCAACUGGUUUGGGUUCGUCCAGUGUAGGUUCUACUGGGUCAGGAUUAAGCAAACUAGGGUUAACUGGGUUAGGCUCUUUCGGUCUUGGUUCAACGGGGUCAGGAUUAAACAAACAAGGAUCAACUGGGUUAGGUUCUCCUGGACUAGGCUCUACUGGGUCAGGGUUAACCACACUUGGGUCAUCUGGGUUGGGCUCCACGAGUCUUGGUUCCACUGGUUUAGGAUUAAACAAACCGGCAUCGACUGGAUUGGGUUCUUCCAGUCUUGGUUCUACUGGGUCAGGAUUCAACAAAGUAGGAUCAUCUGGGUUGGGCACCUCAAGUCUUGGCUCAGCUGCGUCAAAUCCAAGUCUUAGUUCAAGUGGGGCCAGCGCAAAUAAACCAACAUCAAGUAUGAAAACCUCACCCGGCCUUGGAUCGGCGGGAUCAACAAGCAAAAGUGGGUCAUCCAACUCUGGAUUUCCCUGGUUUGGGUUUGGGUCAAGCAACAGUAACACAGGCCAAAGUAAGCCAGGAAGUGGAAUAGGAAGAGGAACAUCAAAUGGAUCUUCACUUGGAACAGGAAGGACCAGUAGUCUGGGAGGUGGAUCAGUCAGCAUCGCACAGCACCUUCAAGAUCUGCAGCGCAUCAUCAACCCGUCUUACUCCUCCGACGAGAGACAAGAUCUUUCCAGAAUGUUGGGUUAGUGGUGAAUCGUAGCAAGGACGUCUGCCAAUUGACUUCACUUUCUGUAUUAUUACAAAUCUACUUUAUAUUAUACUCUCUUGAAGUGGUGUAUUCUAAAAUAUGCACAUUGAAAAGAAUAUACAGACCAUAGCACUUUUUAAAACUAAAUGUGAACUGUGUAUUAUAGUGUGUCUAUUAUAGUGUAAGACAGUGCAAACAAGCCCAUGUAGUAUUUUUAACCUUGUAAAUACAGAAAAAGGCUUUGUUCAAUUGUGCCCAUCUCUUUUUAAUAAACAAAUCUACUUGAGCUAUUACUCCAUUCCGACACGGAAAUAACUGUUUGUCCCUGUGUGCGUCACCUAUUGUGUGGCUAAUGAUCUACAAAUGACUCCUCAUCCCCCCCCCCCAGUGAGCUGAAGAUGAAGUUUACUGGCACUGUGAUGAAAUCCAUCCACCGUGUUUAUGUUUACCUGCCAACCUGUCAGCGGUACGGUGACUGCAGACGGGCGGCGCCUCCGCUAAUGUCGAUGAAAACAAUACCCUGUACUCGACUACAAAAAGAACAUGGACAUCCACUCUUUAAACAAAAUCCCAAUAUUUCUUUCCAAGCAAAUAAACACAGGGGGCAGACAUCUUUGUAUCAAAUGAGCGUCAUGACCUUUCUCAAAUAAAACUUUGUAUGGAA